AAUUCCAAUGUUUAACGUUAGCCUUUCCAUCUCUGUUUAUAAGAAUCAUUCGACCUAAUCCUAAGAAGUACGUCUACUCUUUUCGUGAAACAAAGAAAGAAAACCCUAGCCCUUCUGCAGCUUUUGUCAUCAUGGAAGGGGAAGCUUCCAGUUUGGUGAAGGAUCUAGUUGUUUGUGAGAUUUGUGCUGAGGACAAGUCUGCAAACGACUUGUUUGGGAUUCACAAAUGCAGCCAUUCAUACUGUAGGGACUGCGUAAAUAAUUACGUGGCAUCCAAGCUUCAAGAGAACAUUGCAAGCAUUAGCUGUCCUGUUCCCGAUUGCAAAGGAUCGCUAGAGCCCGAGCAUUGUCAAUCAAUUCUCCCUCCAGAAGUGUUUGACAGGUGGUUAAGUGUAUUGUGCGAAUCUUUGGUUCUUGAGUCUGAGAAGUUCUACUGUCCCUUUAAGGAUUGCUCAGCGAUGUUAAUAGAUGAUGGGAAAGAGGUUAUACGAGAAUCGGAGUGUCCCAAUUGUAGGAGAUUGUUCUGUGCGCAGUGUAAGGUUUCCUGGCAUGCGGGGAUCGACUGCGCAGAAUUUCAGAACUUGAAUGAAAAUGAAAAGGAAAAUGAAGAUAUUUUAUUGAGGAUCGUUGCUCACGAGCAAAAAUGGAGGAGGUGUACAAAUUGCCAGUACUAUGUUGAAAAAUCUGAUGGUUGCUCUUACAUGAAAUGCAGAUGUGGAUAUGCUUUUUGCUACAACUGUGGCGUAAAAGCUCCCUUAGGUUCCCAUACCUUUCAUUGUCCAAGCUGUAAGAACUAAGAAGUGAUUCGGUAUUUGCUGUAGUACGUACUAGAGAUUGAGCCAGGCCGCUCAGUUGCACUAUAUAUAGAGAGGGCUUUCACUGGAGUAUCGGAAUUUUUAUUUCUAGAUUUAGU